AACACAGCCAUUAUGCGUUCUGUGUGCAGUUGUGUAGUCGUGUUUAUUAAACUAUAAUAGUGUUUAUUUUUGAAGAAAUUUAUAUUUGUCCCGUAUAAAGCGAACAACGGAAUAAAAUGGUGCACAAAGGCGACGACAUUGUCUCCUGCUUCUCGUGCCUCGUAGAUGCCAUGCGUUGCAUGGUAUUAAGUUCCAAGAUGUGUAACAAAGGCAAAUGCCUCCACUGCAUCCCCGUCGAAAACGGCUGCCUCGUUCUAGCCAUCAUAAGUGCGAUUGGCACUGGGCUGGUGCUGCUGGCGACCAUCAUUCUGGGCAUCCUGUCUGCCACAGGCCUCAUCAUGGCGUCGCAUCAACCUAACCCUGACCCAGAUUCCCGUGAAUUUACUCAGGCGUUCAUAGGCCUAGCUGGGAUCGCAAUUGGUGUGGUACUCAUUAUUGUGGGAGUGGCUUCACUCAUCGCUUUCAUCUUCUCGGUGUUACUUUGCAAUGGAAUCUGUAAGCGCCGCCCAGGACAAGUGAAGGCCUACUUCAUAUACGGUGUCCUGAUCACAAUACUCACAAUCAUCGCCUCGAUUGCUCAAAUGGUCAACGGAGACAACCCUGCUCCUGGCAUCGGCGGAUUAGUUGGUUGUGUGAUCUACGCUGCAUUCCUGACGCUGGUGCACGAAACGUACACCAAACUGUGCGCGGGCGCAGUAUUCAAGAACCACAUCCGUCUGGUAGAAGACUAUUAACACCACUCUUUCGGGUCAUACACGGACAGAACAAUUGUCACUUCUGAACCCAAAAGUUUCUUUGAACGCCAUCGUGUGCGGCGCGCCAUCUUGAACCUUGUCGUAAUGCUCGAAGAUUGAUAUUGGGCUGUAGCUAAAGCUGUGCCGUUCUCGAGAACGUUCCCCGAUUUAUAUGUCCCUUAUGCUCAUGUGCGAAAAUUUUUAAACUGCUUUUAUGUUUGUUAGUUAUAAGUGUAUGUGAGAUGUUAAAUUUGUCCUUUAUGGCGAAACAAACAUAGAUAUGUCUAUCCCGUAUAUUAAAAUGCGCCCGCCUAAAAUAUUAUGAACACCAGAUGGCGUAACUGAAUAUGCAUUGUUGACGACUAUGGAAUCUAGAUGGCGUUAAAUGUCACAUCGAAGUCAAAACACUUGUAACAUAAUAUCAUAUAUUAAUUAUAAACAUCAGCCAUAUUGAUUUUUGAGCCAUUUUUUACGCAAUUUUACGAUUUCUCCCAUAAUUAAUGUUGUCCAGUAAUAUCUACACAAUAACUUAGCAGAGUAAAUUUAAGUGUUACUAAACAAAUUGUGGUUAGAACAAGGCUCGAAAACCGUUUUAUUUUUCAAAUUGUUUUCGUUCAUUCACGCGGGAAAGUUUAAACCCGGAUAAGGAUUUUUUUUCCGUUUGCAGUUACCAGUUACAAAGAAUCAGGUACCUACAAAGAAGAUAUUCAACUAAACCUUAAGGACGUCUAACAUAUGUUUUGUAAGUACUAACUUUACUAGUAAGGCUAGACUUAGAUACAUACCUAUUUUAACUAUACUUUUUUUUAACGUUAUAUCUAUAUUAUGUACCUGUAGGUAAUGGUAUCUUGUAAUUGUUUUUUUUUUUAUUAAUAUUAUAAUUAUUUAAACCACAGACCGAUAAUAUUCCUAAUUACUUUGUCGUUUUGUGGUUUACGACCAAAAAUGUAACUUUUAUACGGACCUAUUUAAAAAAAUCUUAUUCUAAAUAUUGUAGACUCUAGUUUUUUUAUAUCCCGAAUAGUGAUCUGUCAUUUUAGUACCUCGUGCAAAGAAUUUAUUUUCCAUACCAUUUCGUACCUUGUUUUAGUGACAAUAAAAAUGAAAGUCGCUUGGGACCUCAUACUAUUGCACUGUGACAAAGUAAAUGGUACUGAAAUUAAACUUGCUUGACUGUACAAAAACGAGUUGAUAGGGUAGUCAUUUUCUUCAUAGUGUGAAGGUUGCAUUGACCAAUCCGACUGCUGUUUGUGUCUGGGAUAUCAGAAAACAUCAGUCAUACAGAGAUAGAAAUAUUUUCAUAAUAUGGUCUUUUGUUAUAUAAUAUAAGAUAAUAAGCAAAUAAAAUAAAUUCCAAACCGGA